CCUUGCUCUUUACCAUACCUGUUUUUGCACCUGCAGCCUUGCUUGAUGAGAAAUGACGAUACGAUACUAGCUCCUCAGUCGGAUGUGUAGAAGGUUUUGUCAAGAAGAGCGACAGGAGAGGAGCUAGAAACUUGAAGGAGAAGAAAAAAAACUACAAAUCUCUUAAACUUUCAACAUGUUUUCAUCCAAAGAGGAGCAGCUUACACAGGAGCUGAGCUGUCCCAUUUGUCUUCAGCUCUACAACGAUCCAGUUGUUCUCCCUUGCGGGCACAACUACUGUCUGGCUUGCAUCUGCAAGUCGGCCAGCUCCACGGACAGCGGCAAAGAACCUCCACGCUGCCCAGAGUGUCGCGAGGCCUACGAUGGCAUCGAUUCUCUGCAGAAGAACUUCAAACUCUGCAACAUCGUCGAGGGUUUCCAAGCUACUUCCCAAAACAUUUAUGAAGAGGUGCACGAUGUGAUCGGACCGGCGGACACAAAUGGGGACGCUGCCAUUUUUUGCGACAACUGCAUAGAUCAGAAGACUCCUGCGGUGAAGACCUGCCUGAAGUGUGAGGUGUCACUGUGCGGCAGGCAUCUCCAGAAGCACAACGAGAGGGACUCCUUCAAGGUUCAUGCGUUGGUGGAACCUCUGAAGGAGUUGAAGAUGAAAUCCUGUGCCAUCCACAACGGUCCACUUGAGUACUUUUGUUCCAAUGACAUGAUGUCUCUUUGCAGUACAUGCUUUAUAGAAGGCCAUCACCAGAACCACGACGUCCUCACUUUCAGUGUGGCAGAAGAGGAGAUGAGACGAGCCCUGGAGAGUCGCAGCAAGGUGGUUUCUACCCGACUGCAACUGACAGAGAGCCUCCUUCAGAAGACCACCGAAGACCAGGGAACCUCUGAGGCUGUUGGGGACAAAAUGGUUACCAAGGCGGUCUCACUCAUGGAUAGCAUGGCUGCAAUAGUAGAGAGGUACAGGGAGCGGCUGCGUAUGGUGUUGGAGGAAGAGAGAGGGCAGCGGCGCAAAAGCUGGCAGAUUGGAGUGAGUGCACUAGAGGAACAGCAGCAGCUGCUGCGGGAGGCUCAGAAGAGUGCGACUGAGGCCCUCAAUGAGACAGACACAUUUGCCUUCAUACACAGAUUCAUGCUGAUUGAACAGAAACUGAGAGAUGUCGCCACGGCAAGUACUCCCAGCACAAUUCCCUCAAAGGUUGCUCUGAACACCAAGCGUCUCCAGACAGGCCUCAAAACCAACGACUUCCGCACAGAAAUGGUCCGCCUCCUCGAUACUCUUCACAUCCUGCUCAACCCCAUGGAGAUCACCUUCAACGUCUACACGGCGCACCCCAGCUUGUUGGUGUCCAACGACCUGCGCACAGUCAAAUACAGCCCUUCCAAGCAGCUCUACGCAGACCACCCGGAGCGUUUCAUAAGCGUGCCCCAGAUCAUGUGCACCCAGGGUUUCUCAGCAGGCACGCAUGUCUGGGUGGUAGAAGUAGGCGCCAAUUGCAUGUGGUCCCUUGGUGUGUGCUACAAGACCAUCCCUCGCCGUGGAGACCAUAGUCGCCUAGGGCACAACUCGGUGUCCUGGAGACUACAAUGGAAAAAUGGCAAGCUUACUGUGUGCUCUUCCUCUAGCAAUGCUGCACUGGGGGAGACACUCCAACAUCCAAUUAAGAUUGAGGUGGCGCUUGACUAUGAAAGCGGAACCCUGUCCUUCUACGCCAUCAAAUCGCGCAGGGAACGCCUUCACACCUUUAAGACUGUGUUUAAGGAGCCCGUUUUCCCAGCUUUCAGUAUCCAUUCGAACACGCCAGAGUCAUGGAUCACUCUGCAAUGUGACAUUUGAGACCAGCUUUAAUCUCCAUUCCCUAUGCAUAGAGAGUUUUGGGCAUUCCAUUUGUUAGAUCUUCAUUUGGAUUCUAGCUCUUACCAAGUUUGUUCAAAUGUUUCCAUGUAAACACAUUAAGUAGUCAAUGUUUUUUUCCCAGAACCUCAACAACUCAUAGACUGGGAAGAAGAUGGUGUUUUACUUAAUAGUCGAAGAAAUUAACCAUGACAUACCUCAAGGGGAGGUCUUGUACCCCUUCUGUUCAACAUUACCGAUUAUUCAUUACCAUAGGCUGGGUUUGCAUUUUUACCAGAAUGACACACUCUACCGAACCCUACACACCGCUGUCCCAACAACAACUUGUCAGCUUUCAAAUGCAAUCGUAUCAUGUUGUGCAACCCAAAGCCCGACUAGCUCCAACUGAUUGACAGUGAUGGUUGCGCCAACUCAUCACCCGAGGAUGUUUGCAACCUUGGCGCAAUUCUGGACUCCACACUUUUAUUCCAGGCUAACAUAUUUAUAAUAAUUUACAAAAGCACCCUAUCCCAUAACACCAUAACAAUCCUCUACAGUUAGUUAUAUCUGGCUGUAACAGACAGGUUGAUCCAUGCUUUGCUCCAACCCAACCUGAUUACUGCAGGUCCUCUGGGAUCACCAACAGAGCCCUGGACUGGCUCCAGUCCAAAGCUCAGCUGCUAGUCCAGUAACACGCACUAAUCCUUACAAGCAUAUUAGUCCCUCUCUCCUAAACCUCCACUGGCUGCCUGUUUAGUACCACAUCACUUAAGAUCUUCUCACCUGCAAAUCGCUCAGCACCCUACGCCUUGGGGAAUUGUCGACCUCCUCCAACUAUUCACAUGGUGUCAGGAACAAAAAACACUCAGCUUUGGGUCUACA